AUGAGACCCGAGCAAAACUACGAAAUCUAUAUAGAAUCCGAACACGAAUACGAAGAAUCCGACAAUGAUUACAUGGAAGGUGACACUCUUUUUGACAGUUGUAGCGAAAUCUUCGACGAUGUUUACAACUCAGAAGUUGAACAAAAAGCUUACGAGGAAGAAACAUAUAAAGAGCUUUGUGACGGCUUCACCAAGGAGAACACACCACCUGAAUUUUUCCAAAAUCUACGAGAACGAGUUAACCCGAUUCUCGAUCUCAAGAAACAAUUACGGAUUCUAACAUAUAAGAUCGACAAUAACGAGCGAUUUACCACCUGUCAACUUUUAGAACAAGAAUUAAAGAUGCAUCAUAGUUUUGAAGUCGCUUUUCCCGGUGAUAUUGAUGAUCACCCGGAUAAAGAGUGGAAAGUAUUUAGUGAUUAUUUGGAUGAUGUGAGAUUAGCGGUCGAGGAUUUGUGCUCAUUGUUGAAUUAUGGUCAGCUGUGCUGGCAUUCGCAUUGGCCUCAUAUAACUCCAUUGGAACAUGAAGACGAAAAGAUUGAAUUUGAAGAAUAG